AUGUCCGCCGGAACCAUAAGCCACCUCGUCGACACUGUACUCAGAGCCGCCGGAAUUGACAACGAGUUCACACCAAAGUCCAUCACACACGCCGUCACGACCGUGCAAACUCGCAGUGGACUCAGCGAGGGAACGAUCAAGAAGGGGCGUCGGGUACCCAAUUCCAGGGUUUUCCAAACACAUUACACCAUCGGCAUCGACGACAUGUACGCUGAGGCAUCCUCCUCUGAAGAUGAGCGCACCUACGACGACUUCAUACUCGACACGGCAAACACGGCUUCCUCUUCAUCGACAAAUAAGCAACCUCCGAAUGGAGUCCAUUGCGCUCUGGACAAGGAAUGUAGUCCUCUAGAGUCUAUGGACGAGGAGGAGGUUAUCCCACCUCGCUACCCACUGCACUAA